CCUUUUUCGACAAUUGGCCCCGGCUAACAUGUGCUAACCGUGUGUGAUUACUCUUUGCUCUACGGGCGACCCUUCUACCGCGAACCGCUGCCCCGCCGCCCCCUCUCGUCCAUAGUUCGGGUCCUUCCGCCUUCGGUGCUCGCCCGCGAAAAUCAAAGUGUCACGGCACGCGGGUCCCCUAGUAGUAGUUCCGCGCGCCGGCAAUCGGGAAGCGAGUGCGUGAAAAUCGAAAGCUGUUAUAUCGGUGGUGCCGCUGCUGGCGCGAAGUGACGGACAGUUGGUGAAUAGGUAGAGGGUUCGUUGAACACAGUGUCGAUCUCCCAUGUUUGCGUCAGAUUUUUUUCUAUUUUCUGGUCUCUAUUUUUCGUCGCUUUUUAGCGGGCACGUAUUUUGUUAACGAUUUUGUUCGUUUUUUCGGGUGGCUAAAGCGCGGCGCGGGGCGCAAAGCCGGCCGGACCGGGGGCGGCCGGGGACGGGAAACGUGAGCACCAAUUAUUUCUUCCAGCAUGGGAACAACGACCGGCGUUGAUCUAAUUGGUCGCCAGUAGGUAAUUGUUCGGUGCCGAUAAUUGGGCCAAUUAAUUUGUACGGAAAAGUGCGUCGAUAAUCGUCCAGCAUUCACCUCCGCGAUACCGAUUAUGUGGACCGUGUAGGAUGCGGGUUAUAGAAUAUCGUUACCGUUCAAAAGGCCGAGAGAUGAACGGGCGAGGGCAACAGAAAAAAAGGAGGACACGAAACGAAACGUGUAUAGAAAAAACGAGGAUGGAGCGUGAUAAAAACAAGGAGGGAAGGGGGCGAGUCGGAAGCACGACCGGUCACGUAAUCGAAUAUAUUUUUAUCUUUUAAUUGAAAAAUAUCGUCGCCCAGCCGUUCCGGGCUGGUAAUUUUAUGGCGACAGGAUUUAAUUACACAAAAUCACGUCGAACCGGACAAUAUAAUUAAAUACCUGUUUUUCCGUGAAAAUUUGACGCCGGUUUGGUCGGGCGAGAACGGAUUUUUAUCGAAAUACCCGAAACUUGUUAAAUAUCUGACUGGACAAACGCUCACCACUUAUUCUCUUAUACACUUCACAGAUUCUCUUCUAUCCAUACCUAAUAAGUAGACAUUUUAUAUACAGUUGGAAUACACAAAAAUUAUGAAUUUUCUGAUGUAUCAAGCUAUGCAGGAUAUCAAAAGUUGGUUCUAUUAAAACUUUAAAGUCAAUUUCUGGAAAUCUUAGUUGAACAUACAUUAUUAUAGUUCGUUAAAUUAAAUUAUGAUUUCUCAAACGUGUUUACAGUUACAUAUAGGAAAUAAAAUAUUUUACAUUAUUAACUAAUUAAUGGUUCAGUUUCACCAUAGAACAUAAUAUUUGUAUUUCAUGUUCUCGUCUACAUUAUAAGAAUUGCUUGAGUCAAGUGGCUCAAGUAAUGCCAGGUUGUCACAGUUCGAUAGUAGAUCUUAUGAAGACACGAGUUUCUGUAUAUUUAAAUACAAAUAGCUUAUUCUGCAGUCAUUAGGAAGUACGAAAUAUGAAUUUUCGACCUGUAGAAUUGCAUUCUCAUUUUAAUAUAUUUUACUAUACAUUUUAAUAUUUGCAUACUAAUUUUAAUAAUUACUAUUUAUAACUGCAUCACUUCCAAGUACUUCAGUGUAAAGUGCAAGUGUUUUUAAGCUUGAUUAUUUUAGGAACUUGGUUGGUAACCUGGAUAUUUAAUCGUAGCUAAAGUGUCUUGCAUUUUAAUGGAAUUAAUAUCAAUCAAUGUUUUAAUGAUGCUUGUCUGAAAGACUUAUUUUAAACUGAUACCAUAAAUGUUCCAUUUUGUAUCAGCAUGUAUUAAUAUGAGUUUCAUCAUGAAUUGGGAUAUAUGAAUAAUUCCUGUUAUUCCUAAUAUAUGUACAUUCAACUGAUUACAUACAUAUAUAUAUAUAUAUAUAUACACAGGAUGUGUAGAAUGUAUCACAGCGUGUCGGAAACAGGGGGAAACUGUGGAUGAUCACGAAGAAAAAAAGAGAAAGGAAGGCGAUGUACUGCCGGAGGGUCCGAAACGUAUGACGAAAUGCAUCUCGGGAACUCGACGUUUAGGGACGCGGAGGCGUUGUGCAUUGUUACCCAUAUAGGGGCGCAGGAUUAUAUGGGGUGGUCGCUCCCGUUCAGGGAUCCUCGUAACUUGCUACAGAUCCGUCAUGAUCGAUAGUCUUCUGGCGUCGUUCAAAAGAGAAACCGGAGUUUGGUUCUCAAUGGCUGGAUUGCUUGUCAUCUCGAUUUUCACUACACAAUUCCGCUUUUCAUAAUUCGUUUAUGAUUUAGAAGAGACGCAGCUGAGCUUUAAAUUACGAAUGGAUAAAAUUCUGAAAGAAUGAGAUCAGAAUUUCUUCUGUGCCUCCAAUCUGCACUUCAUGGAACUUUUAAGGUUGAGCAUUUAAAUAAGAAUAAUGACAAAGAAUUCAAAUUUUAAUAGUCAUCAGAUGUCAGGUUAAUAAAGUACUGAGUGAAAUUUUAGAAAUUUUGCAAGGCUAUUAAAAGAGUUGUUACAUCUUGAAUUCUUACGUUGAAUGGCAACAUUUUCACUUCAUUUAUAAAAGCUUAUCGGUUCAUAUAUUGGAGACAGUUUUUGUCAUAUUUCUUAAACUUUUGACAGAGAUCUUACACAGUUGAUACAACCUUAAAAGAAAUUAUUCUUCAUUUCCGAUUGUAUGAAUUUUGUCCAGGAAACCUUCAAAUGUUCCCUGAUAGCGAUUUAUAAAAAACAGUUUGGCUCGAAUGAUAAAGGGAGAAGAACGUCUCUCCUCCGUGAAAAGAAAGUUUGGUAGAUAUUUUCAUGAUGAAUCCUCGCAAUAAUCGCGUCCACUGGAAGAAGAGUUCUUCCCCUCGCAAUCAGUAAAGAUUCGUUUCCCGACUGCAACAGCAGUCGUGCGCGCACGACCAUGGGACGACUACGACGACGUCGACAGCGGCGGCGGGGACAUUAAGACAAAGUAUCCCUUUCUUUCUUGUUCGCGCAGCCCCUUGUUUCUUCCCUCGUCGUGCACCCUCUUCGGCGAGCCCCCAAGCCGUCGCGCAACCCCCGUAUUCCUUCGGUGCUAAACGCAACUACACGAGGGACCUUUCAACCGUCUUUGUUUUCCCUUUCUUCACAGUGUCGUUUCGCAAUCUCGCGCGGGGAGGUCGUUGAACGAACGGAACCAGGCAGGACUUGCGAGGAAAAAAAGGACGAUCAUCGGACGAAGGAAAGCGAGCCUCGUUAUCGGUGCACCGCAACCUGGGAACGAUCCCAACCGUGCGGUAAUUACAGACCGUGGAACCAGUUUCUUUUCCACCGCGCUUUCCUCCUUUUUCGGGCAACUCCGAAACCGCAGCGUUAAACGUUUUGCAUUCAAGUUUCCUCGUUUUGCGUUACGUGGAUGAGACAAGUGAAUAUAAUUUGGAAUGACUUAAAAAAUGAUCGACGAUACUACAAAUUUCAGUGUGUUUAUCAAACAAUUUGUGAGUUGGUAUAAACAUGAACUAUUUCAGUGAAUGUGUGGAGGCUAAUUACCGUUGUGAUAUAAUCUUGGAAGCUGUGAUUCGAGACACGUGAAAGGAUAGUGUGAUCGAGUAAUCAACGUGAUUAUUCGUUUACAGAUCAAAGUGAUUUUUGUCGAACAUAUUUCUCAGCGCGUGUCGCGGAAUAGAGAGUCGGAGAGGAUACCGCGGGAGUGGGGGUGUGUUGUCAUCACGAUCAGCGACACAGACGGCGGGAGUAUAGGCAUCGGGAUCGCGGAAGAGGGUGGCAGCGGAAGAGAGAGAGAUUUUUCCCCACCGCUUGGAAAAAGCAGCCCCCACCAAGUGCGUUUAGUACGGGCAGCCAGCGGCGGCGGUGGCGGCGGCGGCGGCGGCGGCGGCGUUCGAAGAGUGAGGCGCGGAGGGGUAGGUUAGCCAGGGUGGUCUCGGUGGUGGCUGGGGGCGGCAGCCUCAAAAAUACACCGCAACCACACCGCGCGGCUCCACCGCAGAAGCCGCCAUCUUCCACCGCCGAACCGAAACGAGACCGCGCGAGUUAAACACCCUAUCCUACUUCCCCGUGGAAGUUGCCGCUGCCACCCGCCGAACUGCCGCCCGCGAAGAACUACCUCUUCGUCCUCUGGCCACGGGAACUGCCAAGUGGCAACGUACGGGACACCGAGGAAAUUCGAAUUCCUGUUGUCGCGCCAUUCAACCGAUGGGAUAGUCAUAUCAGUCAGCGUCAACGAUCGACGGUUAUUUUCGAACUAUCAAUGAUCGUUUAAACGGUCCGGGCCGUAUGUCGUUCGUCAGUGAUUUUUUUUUGGUUUCUAAGGGAGGACUGUAUGUGUGAAAGUUUUGGUGUUCCUUCGGUGGUGUUCGAGCGAGGACUUCCGGGAAGAGCAAUGUGCGUAUGUGGGAUUUGUGUUGCGGUCAGAGCUGGCUCGGAGGAUCCCCGGUGCUACUGCUGAGUUAACACCUGUUAGAUAGUCGAGCCGAAGUGCUGAUGUGACACACGUGCGAGUUAGGAAUUUUCCGAUCCGGCCACGAAUCUUCCGAGCAGUGAAUCAACCCUGUAACUAAUUCCGAUCGCGCGGGGGUUAACGGCAAUUGUCAGGGACCGAGGGGUGGGUUUGAGUGACUUUCCGUCGAAUCGAAGUAGCGGGGCUGCAUCCGAUCAAAGAAACGUGGGUAGAGCUCGAUUCCAAUAAAACGAAUUUUCCCCGCGAGUUGGCAAUCGGGGAACGAAGAAUUUGCAAACGGAUGCUAGCGGCCCCGACCCCCGGGAUAAUGAAAUAAGGAUCAAAGGUCGCUGGGGUCCGUGCGCCGCACGAAACCUGUCCGCGUGCCGCCAAUCAAGCUUAUUAUUCGGUGAACGAUGACUAUUCAUCGAUUCACUUCAUUAGAUCAAGCUUCCUGAACAACUUCUCACGAACAGAUCUCAGCGCAUUAACACCGACUAAUAUUGCUCAUACGAACCAAACGAUGAGACAAGAACGAUGAUCAGAUUCGAUAAAAAAUUGAAUGUGAUAGCUUAUUAAUAUCAAGACUAUCAUCUUGGUACCAGAAAGUGGUUCCAUCGUUUCGCAAUAUGAUUUCCUUUUAUUAUUUCUAAAAAUCUUUGUACAUAUGAAAAUAGACGUCUGAUUCUGCAAGACUCAAAUACGAAGAAAAGAAUCCUAUUUUUCACUAUCGGAUGGAUAAAGAAUAAAUAAGGACAGUGAACAAAUGAAUGUGAAUUUUUAUUAAUAUAGACGAUACGUCUUAAAACAAUAAAACCACAGAAGGAUUCCAUCUUCUAGCAAUAUGAUUUUGUUUUAUUAUUUUUAAGAAUCGUUGUACAUAUGAACAUUAAAAACAGAUUAGAUCGGAAUUAAUAACAAGAGAGAAGCCUGAUUUUAACGAGAUUCAGAUACCAAGAAAAGAAUCUUAUUUUUCGCAGUCGUAUGGAUAAAGAAUAAAUAGAAACAGUGAUCAGUUUGAAAACGAUUGAGCCGAGUCGUCCGCGGUCUGUCGGCGAGGAAGAACGUUUUAAAGAAAAGUCCGAUGAUCCUGUUCUCAUGACGAACCCUUUGCGCGAUGCACGCCCCGAGGAUCGGCCUCCAGGCUUAGAUUAUUCCGACCCCCGAUUGCUGAGGAACGGGCACCAGGAUCAUCAGGGAGCCACAGUGCACCAGAUCGGCGGCGCAAGGAUACGAAGGACUAGGACCUCGUCCUCGAGGAGAAGAAUGCACCUAGCCAACGAGGUCCCACCGCAAGCAGCCACCGGCGGCAACAAUCUACCCGACUACGCUCUCACCGCGGACCUCCUCGCUGAGAGGACCCUCGAUGGCCUGUUCGCGGAACAUCCUGGAGAACUGGUGCGAACAGGCUCGCCGCACGUGGUUUGCACCGUGUUACCAGCGCACUGGCGGUCGAACAAGACGCUUCCAGUGGCGUUUAAAGUCGUGGCUCUCGGCGAAGUCGGCGACGGGACUCUGGUCACGGUGCGGGCCGGCAACGACGAGAAUUGCUGCGCGGAGUUGCGGAAUUCAACCGCGGUGAUGAAGAAUCAAGUCGCCAAGUUCAACGAUCUUAGGUUCGUCGGCAGAAGCGGCAGAGGGAAGAGCUUCACUCUGACGAUCAUGCUGCAGACGUCACCACCUCAAAUAGCCACCCUGUCGAAAGCAAUCAAGGUUACCGUGGAUGGACCCAGAGAGCCCAGGUCCAAAACAAGACACCAGGCAUUCCACCCGUUCCACUUCGGGCCCAGACCGUUCCCGUUCGGCCACCCUCAAGAUCCCCUGGGAUUCAAACUGUCCGGACUGCAGCACCUGGGUCUGGAGCAAGGAGCCGGUCAAGGGUGGGGUGGAUUACCCCGGGGUUCUCUUCCGCCGCACUGUCUUCCGCCCCCGCCCGGUCACCAUUCGCAUACACAUCCUCCGGCGGCCGGUGCGUCGGCCUUCAAUCCCUUCCACCACGGCAUCGAGCAGAGAUCGCCCAGGCUGCCUGGACCUAAUUCCGAUUCAUCGAGGAAUGACUUGGGUCCGAUCAGCGUGUCUGUUAGGGAGGUGACCCCGGCUACGUCGCCAGGCAAUCCAGGUCCUGGUUUGCUCACCACGGCCACUGUCGCGGCACCCACGCCUCCAGCGGAACCCACCACCACCACCACCACCCCCAGUCCUUCUGGACACCAUUCACAUUUCCAAGGUCUCCACCUUCUCGGCGCAACGGGGUCAAUUUUCGGGUCGAUAUUCGCCCCGUUACUCCCGCAAUCUUCCUGGCUGUACAAUCCGCUCUAUCACACGCAGCAGUACGUCUUAGAACCAGAAUGGCACGCUCUGGCGUUGAGGAUGGCUCAGCAGCGAUUGCAGAGGCCCGAUCAAGCCCGGGUGGAGGAGAUGCGGAAACUGCGCGACAACAGCAGCAGCCCGGAGUCCGCGUUGAAAGAGGAGAAACGGCGGGACGAGGAUCAGGGCGUUUUACGCCGGAGCUUGGACAGCCCCGACGGCAGCAUAGAAGUCGACGACAGGAACGAGAACGAUUUGAACCGAGACGAGUCGAUCCAAGAGCAGGACUCGCCGAGGAUCUCGUCCGUCAGGAGUGACAUGGAGGACACGAACGCGAGUUUCCAAGACGCUUCGGUCCACCUGCGACCCAGCGUGGAUAACUCGAACGAUCAGGACGGUAGCGAGGGACACAUCUCGCGGCGGGAUUUGAAAAUCCGUUUAGAGGGCACCGUGGACCUCAGCACGAAAAAGGGACAGGACAAGGAGAACGUCGGUCAGGAUUUAACCACCAGGAAGAAGGAGGACGACACGGACGUAGAAAAGGACGCCGUGCGAGGGAGAAGGGAGAGGAGCCCCAAGCCCAGACAAGUCUGGAGACCGUACUGAACGAUCCUCGACGAGGAUGAAUAUUCGAAAACGAUUUCCUAACCCAGAACCCCGUUUCGAAGUCCUGUUGUAAAUUCCCGGAGAGGCCGGCGUCCCCUUAUCGGCGGAUCGGUUUAGGGUUUCGAUCGUUAGACCGUUCCGUGGUAAUAUCGCUCGUACGCGAGUCCGAGAGUCUCCCGAAGGAGGAUCGGAGGCCCCGGGGACUAUCAUGGACUCGAGGACUAACCAGGGUUUACGUUCGUAUUUCCAUGUACAUAAAUAUGUAAACGGCGUCCAAUUAUUAUUUAGGCGAAAACGUCUCGCGUGCACGUUACCCCACCGUCGUCUCGAGUGAGGAUAAUUCGCGAGACUCUCCUCGAACGAUUCCCGCCAGGCAACGUCGCUAACGAUGAUCAGCCUCGACUUUAAAUUAUCGACCCGCGGCGGGACUCGUUCGAAAGUUCCUCGUCGAGGAAACUCACGACGUUGUAAAUAUCGCUGAUUUAAGAACGUUACCAGUCCGGGCCGAGUCACGUCUCUGCAAGCUAGUUCUUUCCUUUUUACGAACAUUAAUCGGCCGUUAGCAGAUGAACGUGACUGAAUGUUAAGUGUGAGACGUUCCGAGUGUGAGAGAGAGCCAGUGUGUCCUGCGUUAACGUGACCGGCGCCGUGAACGAGGUUCUUUCACUGUUUAAGUACGUCAUCAAAUAAAGUAAUAUCAUCCGUUCCA